CUCCCUGAACCCGGAAGCGGAAAGACGUCACGAGAAGCCCCGCCCCCGGAGCGGAGAGGCGGCGGAUUCGGAUCCGGAGGUGGCGGGAUGGCGCAGAUUGUGGUGUCCAGGGACGGAGAUCCGGGGGAAUGGAUGCUGAUGGAGCUCCAGGGGGAGAUCGAGUCCCGGAGACAAGAUGGACUGACCGGGAAACUGAUGGGGGACCUUCUCUUCACCAAGGAGAGCGUCCCCCUUCUCAUUAUUGGACAUCACAUCCUCUAUGGGAAGAUCGCACGCUUAGAGAAGCCCUUCGCUGUUCUAGUGAAGAGUAACAACAUCUCCGGAGAGGAAGCUGAACACGCCGCUGUGGAGACCAAAUACACAGUGACCGCACUUAUUAAGAGAAAGAUUAUUUUUAAGACGAGGCCAAAGCCAAUCAUCAUCAAUGUCCCCAAGAAGGUGUGAGAAAAUGGUCCGUACAGAAGCAGCCAAACCUUAUCUGAUCCCCCAGUCUGAUGUCCCCUAUCCCCCAGUCUGAUGUCCCCUAUCCCCCAGUCUGAUGUCCCCUAUCCCCCAGUCUGAUGUCCCCUAUCCCCCAGUCUGAUGUCCCCUAUCCCCCAGUCUGAUGUCCCCUAUCCCCCAGUCUGAUGUCCCCUAUCCCCCAGUCUGAUGUCCCCUAUCCCCCAGGCUGAUGUCCCCUAUCCCCCAGGCUGAUGUCCCCUAUCCCCCAGGCUGAUGUCCCCUAUCCCCCAGGCUGAUGUCCCCUAUCCCCCAGGCUGAUGUCCCCUAUCCCCCAGUCUGAUGUCCCCUAUCCCCCAGUCUGAUGUCCCCUAUCCCCCAGUCUGAUGUCCCCUAUCCCCCAGUCUGAUGUCCCCUAUCCCCCAGUCUGAUGUCCCCUAUCCCCCAGUCUGAUGUCCCCUAUCCCCCAGUCUGAUGUCCCCUAUCCCCCAGUCUGAUGUCCCCUAUCCCCCAGUCUGAUGUCCCCUAUCCCCCAGUCUGAUGUCCCCUAUCCCCCAGGCUGAUGUCCCCUAUCCCCCAGGCUGAUGUCUCCUAUCCCCCAGUCUGAUGUCCCCUAUCCCCCCAGUCUGAUGUCCCCUAUCCCCCCAGUCUGAUGUCUCCUAUCCCCCCAGUCUGAUGUCCCCUAUCCCCCCAGUCUGAUGUCUCCUAUCCCCCCAGUCUGAUGUCUCCUAUCCCCCCAGUCUGAUGUCCCCUAUCCCCCCAGUCUGAUGUCCCCUAUCCCCCCAGUCUGAUGUCCCCUAUCCCCCCAGUCUGAUGUCCCCUAUCCCCCCAGUCUGAUGUCUCCUAUCCCCCCAGUCUGAUGUCUCCUAUCCCCCCAGUCUGAUGUCUCCUAUCCCCCCAGUCUGAUGUCUCCUAUCCCCCCAGUCUGAUGUCUCCUAUCCCCCCAGUCUGAUGUCUCCUAUCCCCCCAGUCUGAUGUCUCCUAUCCCCCCAGUCUGAUGUCUCCUAUCCCCCCAGUCUGAUGUCUCCUAUCCAGAAUCUGCAGAGCCCCAUUGUGUUCCAAUGAGACCUUCAGCCUACCUUCCUAUAGAAGAAUAUCUGGUGACCUUCUGCUCUUCCAGUGUUAGAUGUGACCUUUUAGCCGACUGUAUACCCUAUGAAGUUCGGUCAUCGAUGGUUUGGUACAGCCAUUGUCUGGAGCAUCUCAUCAUGAAGCCCAGUUUGGAAGACACUUGGCGAGAGUUGGAAAUGUUCAGCAAGCCACCCGUUUGAACUUAACAAUUUCUCUACUUUUUUUGUAUCUUUAUUGUUUCUU